CCUGAAGAUACAGCUUUCAAGUAGCAAAAUAUAUCACACCAAGACGUCAUGACUAGCAUCAUCAACAACGUUCUUCCAAUCGGAGACCUCUCCACCCGUGCCUAUGUGCGGUGGGACGCGAAAGGGGUUGAAGAAGUGCCUCCAAGCGAAGCAGAGGACAUCCAAGCCGUUGCUGAGAUGAUCAACGAGGGACAGCGCAGAACUUGGAACUCGACACGGCAUGGGUACGGCGGUACUCAUGCCAGAACACAGGGUAUCGUUAAAGGCACAUUCAUCGUCUCUGAUGACUUGCCUCCCCACUUGAAGCAGACGGAACUGUUCCAACACGGCGGCGAGUACCCUGCAGCCUGCCGUUACAGCUCAGAGCCCGGUGACCCGGGUCUUGAUGAUCGCAUCCCCCAACCCCGGGGCUUUGCCAUGAAGCUGUUCAACGUCAAAGGAGAAAUGUUUGAAGCCGGCAAGGAUACUCCAACUCAGGACAUUGAAUUCAAUAGUACCCCGGCCAUUGACCUUGCUGAUGCAAAGACCACAAAGGAAAUUAUCGGGCUUCGGCUCAAACAUGCUGGCAACAAAGAGGAAUUGAAUAAACAUCUCAACGCUCGCCAAGACGCCCAGCUUCAGCUCGCCCGAGACCAAGUCCGAAACACUCACCUUGAAUCCACGCGACAGUAUUCACAGACGGCGUACCGGUUCGGAGACUACGUCAUCAAGUACUCCCUCGUCCCAUCCACUGAGACGCAGAGAAAGCUCUACGACGAGACUGUGAAGCCAGAGCAUGACGAGGCCAUCCUGCAAAAGUGGCUGCAGAAUUUCCAUGCUCAUCACGAUGCGGAAUAUCUCUUCCAGGUGCAGCUGCUAGAGAACCUCGGUGAUCAGCCUGUCGAGUACUCAGGUGCCGUGUGGGAUGAGUCAAAGUACCCCUGGCAGACUGUCGGCAAGCUUGUGAUUCCACAACAGGACAGUUUUGACUACGAGAGGAAGAGAUUUUGGGAAGACUAUGCUCGUGUUGAUCCAUGGCAUGGGUUGAAGAGUCUUCAACCAUUGGGUAGCUCGAACAGGCUUCGGCGGGCAGUCUACGCUGCGAGCAGCAGUAUGCGCCGCAAGCUCAACGGGGUAAAAGAGGUCCAAGUCAAAAGUAUCAAUGAGAUACCUAAUUGAAGAUCUUUCCAGGCAUCUGAGCAGGUCAGAGACCGGCGGCGGGCCAAGGGACGCCGUCGGCUGUUAACUUGUGUCUGAGCCAUGAUAGAUUUUAUACGACGAACCAUCUAGUAUUCAUCAGCUGUAAUAUAAAUUGACAAUUGCUAUUUCCCAUUCAAA